AUGGGUGAGAAGCUGCUGCUGAUGGAGAGGGGGAAAAUGGAGAAUGAAUAUGAAAUACAUGACAUGGAGGACAUGGAGCAGAAGGAGAACAUGGAGCAGGAGGAGGAGGUGGCAGUACUGCUUCUGCAAAUGCUGUUUACCUGGCAAUUACUGCUGGGACAUUUGAGAAGGAUAGGAACUGUGCUACAGUGUUCAGCGGCAAGUCUGUAUGCUAAAUCCCCAUAUUUGGAAGUCAUUCCUAAUCUCAUCAGCUGUGGAAAAUGCACUCCCAGCUCAUCAUGCCCCAGAUCCAGAAAAUCCAUAAAGUACAUCAAGUUCAGUUUCCUGUUAAUCACAGACACAGGGUGCAGCAGGAGUAGAUGUCUUCGGACUCCAGCCAAUGUAUUCAUCACCAGUUUAGCGAUUAGUGACUUCCUCAUGGCCACCAUGCAGUCUCCAGCAUUUUUCUGCAGCAAUCUCAAGAAACGCUGGAUUUUUGGAGAAAAGGUUUGUGGUGAGCUGUAUGCCUUCUGCGGUGCUCUCUUUGGCAUUACAUCCAUGAUCACAUUAAUGGUGAUUGCCCUGGAAAGAUAUUUUGUGAUCACAAGACCGCUGGCUUCCAUUGGGGUGGUGUCCAGGAAGAAGGCUCUGAUAAUCCUGGUAGGAGUCUGGCUGUAUUCUUUGGCUUUGAGCCUUCCACCCUUCUUUGGAUGGAGUGGUUAUGUUCCUGAGGGACUGCUGACUUCCUGUUCCUGGGACUACAGGACCUUUACCCCUUCAGUCCGUGCCUACACAAUACACCUGUUCUGCUUUGUCUUCUUUAUUUCUCUGACUGCUAUCAUACGCAGCUAUAUUUUCAGGGCUGUCAGGAAUGCCAACAAGAUGUUUCAGACCAUUGGGUCUGAUGGUGAUAAUAAAGAAUCCCAGAGGCAAUAUCAGAGGAUGAAGAAUGAAUGGUAGAUGGCCAAAGUUGUCUCGAUUGUCAUCUUGCUUUACGUCAUUUCCUGGUCACCAUAUUCUGUUGUAGCUCUGGUGGCUUUUGCUGGAUAUUCCCAUGUCCUGACACCCUACAUGAACUCCAUACCAGCUGUGAUUGCCAAAGCUUCUGCCAUUCACAAUCCCAAUUAUGCCAUUACUCAUCUCAAAUUCAGAAUGGCCAUUGCAAAAUACAUUCCAUGCCUUGGAUCCAUCCUGAGAGCAUCUUGAAAAGACUCCAAGUCUUACAGCAGCUAUCCUUCUACCAGAUGAGCCACUGUUGCCAGUCGGUGUUCUGAUAUAAAUGGGUUGCAGAAAGAAAAAAAACACCCGUCCUCUCUCUCAGACACUAAAUCAGUAAGGAAAGUCCAUGAGAGGUGUGUGGUUUUAAGUGCAGAGUAA